CGCUGGGCUGAGCUUGUGGCAGAAGGGAGGUAAGCGGUGCGGGGCGGCGGGCUGCCACCGCUGCCCCCUGCUCGGGAGCCGCCGGGUCGCGUCGCCUGCGGCCCGGUCGGCUUGCAUGGAGGGCGGCUGAGGCCUUGCGGGACUGGGGCUGAGCUGGGAGACGGGGCAGUGGAGCAUGUGGCGGCAGGGCCGCGUCGCGGCGAGGGGCAGCCGGGAGGGGGGCUUUUUGCCCUCGUCCGGUCCUGCUGGGGCUCUCAGCUUCUGGAGGACUAGGCCUUCUGAGGUUACGGAGCUCCGAGAUACCUGGGCAGGGCUGGCUGUGGUGGCUGCGGUGGGACUCAGUGGGAUCUCGACUCGGAAGCCGGUCGGCCCGAUCCUUGCAUUCUUAGCUGCAGCAGUUUGCAGUCGUCCCACUCUCCUUCGACCGGUUCCCUAGUUGGGGGCAGAACAGGAGAUUCUGGCCGCGUCCUGCCUGGCCUGGGGUGACUGUCUCCUUCUCAUUCCCGGUGACUCACUCAGAUCAUGUCCACUUAUAAUGCAAAGGCUUAUGGGUGAGCAGGGCCUGUUUUCAGCCUCCUAGUUCUCUGGCUCCGUCCUCACUUGCGGCAAUUACUUGAAGAAAGUAUGUUAGAUAUAUGUUUUGAAAUUUUCGCUGCAGCUAACGUGUGGAGACGUGCAGUUAUGUUGCAUUUACCCUUCAUGAGUUUUAGUUUCAGCUGUGGCGUCCUGAUAUCUCAGUGUGGUUCCUGAAUUUGGAGCUUUUGAAAUGAAUGAAAUCCUGCCGAUUUCAUGCAGUCAUUCAUUCAUACAUUCCAAACUUUUUUGAUGGAUUCCUUAAUGGUCAACCUCAUACCAGAUACUAAACUCGGCAUUUCCUGCGUUUUCUUCCAGUUUAUAUGCUAGUUUUAUUGUCUAGAUUUGAGUUGGAAUUUUUUUUUUGUUAUUUUCAGGUUCUAGUAUCCCUGAAACCAUCGUGGCUCUGAGGGUGUAAUCCUGAUAACUGUAUCAUUAAUGACUCCAGGUUUCAGUGGCCUAUCUGUAAGAAGGGGAAUGGGAUUAGUAUAAUUUUGAGAUUUUCAAGGAGAGGAGGGGUAGAUGGCAUGUUUCCUGAACUGUGUUAGCAGUUAGGAAGUAACUUUUAAAAACACAGGAUGCAUUUUAUGAUUAUAUUUUACUGUGUCAACGAACAUUGUAUCUGUCCACAUUCACUUUUUGACUACCAAGCAAGUGCAUGUUUACAAUUUUGAUUCACAUCCAAUUCCUGCGUAGAAAGCACUGUGACUCAUCUAAAUUUUGAAAUGAAGUAAUCAUGAGCUUUUUAAUGUUACAUGCAAAGGUGUGAUAUUGAAACAAUUGCAUAAAAAUGCAAUUUUCAUAGCAUUUUGACUUGCUUUUAUAGAUUAGUGGAAGCUAAAACCUCUGCCUUGGUUAUUUGCUUACUUAAUCAAUGUUAGGUAGUUACCAUCGCUUGGCUAAUAUUUAUCAAUAUUAUAUCUAUUUUAACAUUUGUUUCCUUAACCCCAAAUUUACUGGAUUUCAACUGAUUGUUGCCUCCAGUUGACGCCUGAUAACCAAAAGGUUAUCAGGAGGAGCCGGAGGAGGCGGAACAGGGCCUCGCGCCCUGUAAUAAAUAGUUCGAAAUAAAAAUUUUCAUGGAAGUGUAACCAGAGUUUUUCAUUUGUUGAUUGAUUGAUGGUGCUUACCAGUAUAUCGUUUGGCCUUUUCCCCCCAUCUAAAAUGAUUUAUGAAACAGCCUGAGACAUCAUAUUCUUAGCUUCACGAUACUUUUGGGAUAUUGUCCACAAAUGAUUAGUUGAAUUAAAUUGUUUAUAUCACUAUUAGGAGUUUGGAAAAUUUAAGAACGUAUAACUUUUUAAAAUUUUGCAUUUGCUAUUUUUUUGUUUGUUUGGAGACAGGGUUACUCUGUCGCCCAGGCUGGAGUGUAGUGCUGCGAUCUCGGCUCACUGCACCCUCCGUCUCCCAGGUUCAAGUGAUUCUCCUGCCUCAGCCCCUCAGCUGGGAUUACAGGCGCAUACCACCACACCCAGCUAAUUUUUGUAUUUUUAGUAGAGACGGAGUUUCACCAUGUUGGCCAGGCCGGUCUCGAAAUCCUGACCUCAAGUGAUCCCUCCUCGUCGGUGCUACAUCUUUCAGUUCUAGAAAUGGACCUGAUCAAGAUUGGAAGGUUAAGGGGGAAAAUUCAAUAGCUGAGGACAUUAGCAUUCUAGCGGGAAAAAAACACAAUGAGAAAUAAUAACUAUAUUUGGAGGAAGUGUAAGGAAAUAAUAGUGUCAGGAUUAUUAGUCUAUAGCAAACCUUGAUCUUAAUCAGUAUUUCUUGAUGUAUAACAAUGAACUUGGUUUAAGCACAAAAAGAAAAUUAGGGUGAUAAUUUAAAUUUUGAUCAAGUAGGUAGUACGUAUUUCUUUAGGAGAUGAGAAAUCUAUAGAUCUAGAGAUGUGUGGUAUACUCACAUGAGUAUAAGUCUGUGAUUCACAAUUAGUAAUAGAUUGAUGGAGGUUUUGUUACUAUUUCCACAUGAUAAGAAACAAGAUUUGCUAAGCUGAUAGGACAAGGGAUAUUUGUGAAUUUCCUCCAUGUAAAUGAUUUGAAACAACAAAGUUUUAAGUGAUGUGGAAGAGCCCAUCUAUCUUCAAACAAUGGAUUGAAAUGUAGUUUUUAUAACCCUCUAAGUACUUCUGGCCUCAUAGUUUUUUGUUUUUUUUUUUCCCUACUCAGGUCAUAUUGAAAGUAAUAAAAUUAUGUUUAUGAUUUUAAAAGUUUAUAUUGGCUUUCAUUUAAUUAGUCUGAGUUACUUAAGUUUUAUAUAUUUUGAAGAUGUUUCAAAACCCUUGACUUUAAAUACUGUAUAGCUUUCCAUUGUUCAUGAUGGGAAAACAUUUCUUUUGGCCAAAGGAAGUUGAGAAUCCAACUCGCAUAGAUAGUCAGUUUAUUACUAUUAUUUAUUUAAAGAUUUAUCUUUUUACUUGCCUGGGGACCAAUGAAGCAUCCACUGAAGCUCCUAAACUGGAGAUUUAUGCCUUCGAAGGUAUCUUCUAAUCUCCUUUUGGUCAGAUGAGUUCUUGCUAAUUUGGCUGAUACGUAUGUUGAACAAAUGUAAUACAGUAAUUGUGGGUGUUGUAACUGUAGUUUUAUGAAGUUUUUUGGCUGCCAGGGUGUAUCUUUCCCUUCUCUCUUGACAAGUCUUUCUGUUUGGCCUACCUGCUUUCAUAAUUUAUUCUUAAGUUCUAAUCUGUUUCCCAAUCAUUGCGCAUGUUGGUUUAUGUAACCAAACCUGAUUUUAGUAUAUGCUAUUGGGACAUACACAUGGAGAAGAAUGGAGGAAACUUUUUAUUAAAUGUUUUUAAUUGUUGAAACAUUUAAGUAAAUGUGAUUUUUAAAGAGUCAUAGUUAUUAAAGGUAUUGUAUUCAUUAUUUUUUAUUUAUUCCUUCAUUCAGCAAAGAUAGCAACUACUUUGGUGCUAGGUCCUUAACUUUAAGGAACUUACAGUAUUGCAUGGACUUCAUAAACAACGCCAAAAUACAAUGGGAUAAAUAUUAUAAUUAGUCGUUCACAUAGUAUAGUGGGGGAUAGAGAAAACUGUGUGCGAGGUUUGAGGAGAUUCAGAGAAGGCUUUAUGGAGGAAUUUUCGUCUGAAUUGAAGUUUGAAAGUGAGUAGGAAUUAGUUGGUUAGAGGAUAAGGCAUUCCGGGCACAAGAAAGCAGUGAGGACAAACAGAUAGGUUAGAGACAGAACAUAGACCCUUAAUGUGUUAAGACAGAGAAUAGAGAGAUGAACUUUAAAAAGUAAACAAGGGGUAAAUAAUGAAAGUUCUGUUCCACACCAUGUUAGCCAUUUUGAACUUUAAUCUGGAGGCUAUGGUGAUCCAUGAGUAAUAGAUUUUAAGUGGAAGAAAGUUAACAUCAGUUUCAUGAGGCAAUGUGAGGAAUGAAUUGUGGUGGAGUAAGGCAAACAUUUGCAUUACAUAUGACAGAACUCCGAAAAUGCAGUGGUGCUGGAGAGAACAGGAUGAAUUCCAGAUAUAUUAAGGUGAUUGAGUUAGUGGCCAGAUGGAUGUAGGGGAUGAAGAAGUGAUGGAGUCAAGGAUACCUCCUAGGUUUAUGACUUCCCAAGAUAGGAAUCACAUGAGCAAUAUCAGAUGUAUGGGGAGAAUAAGAUCAGUAGUCUUGGACAUGGGUUUGGGUCACACAAUUGGUGCUGUUCAGUGGGCAUUUAUUUGGUUGCUUUGGUCUGGAGAUAAAGAGAGGAUUCUAGGCUGGAGAUAGAGAUUAGGAAGCUAUCAAUUUAUAGAUAGUUAAAACAAUGUGAGAAUGGAUGAUGCCUAAGAGAGUUUGUAGAAUAAGAAAGAAUAAAACAGAAGGGAAACCCUGGGAAAUACCACCCUGUAGGAAAGAUGACCCAGUGAAAAAGACAGAAGGAACAGUCUGAUGACAGUGGAUGUCUAGAAGAUAAGGAGGGAGAGAAUCCAACAAGAAGAGACUGGUCAGAUGCCAUAGGGAAUACGAGAAAGAGCUAACUACAGUUUUUGGAAGGUUUCCCAGAUAGGCCAGGAUCAUUAAUUUGUAAUAAUACUAGUUCAUAUGAUUCUGUGACUUUUGGCAGCAAAAUUCACUAGAACCAGAGAUGAUAAAUAGUUGGAUUGAUACAGUAUUUGGAUUUUGUUAUGUGCGUAUGGUAAGAAUGCAAAGGAGUUGAAAAUAUUGGUGAAAGAAUGGUUAGAGUGAUGGAAUGUGAAGUUUAGACUGGAUAGGGAUGACGAUAGAGCCAGUAGGAGCUGAAAGAUUGAGAUAACAUAAUUGGUUCAAAGGAUUAAAAGUCUGGAUGAAGUAAAUAUACAAAUGUUUGUAGCUAAAAGGGAGAUAAUGAAAAGGAUAGAAAUCCUCUGGUCAGAGUAGAAUAUUGGAAUUUAAGAUUUUUAGGGUACAGAUGGCGUGUAGGGUUUGGCUGUGGAUCUAGAUGGUAGAAACGGAGGUGUUCAGCAACAAUGAGACUGGUGGUGCAUUGGAUGAAUUGCUCACCCAGAUGACUGUAGAUGACUGUGGUACCCAGGGAGGAAGGGUACCACAUUUUUACCAUACGCACAUAACAAGGAAGAAUGUGAUCCUAAUUUCUGAGGUUUGGAUUGCCUAUGGUGGUGAUCACUAUAGAUGAGAGAUGAAGAUACGUAGAUGUUAUGCCCUCAAAAAUACAGGGGGUGGGGGUGGAAUGGGGUAAGUGGUCUGGAAACAUUCUUCUGGGCCUUGGGACUUGGAAGGAUGAUUAGCCUUUACUGAUGGGGGCCACCAAAGAAGGGGAGUUUAGUUUCUAUUAGGCCUAGGAGGUAUGGGGAGCAUCUAGUGAAGAGGCUGAGGAUUUAAGAAAGCUUAUUGACUAUGGUAUCAGUGUAAAAGCUUGGGAAGGAGUGAGAGAGCGAGGAAAAAUUAUUUAGAGGAGAAAACAGGUUAGAAAGAGCUUAGAUUUGGGUAUAAGGGUGACAGCGCUUUUCUGAAGCAUAUGGCUCGCUUUUAGUAGUUGGGACUUUAAAUUUUGAUGAAGCUUUCUGUUGUCAACGUUUACCCAUCAAGUCAUUAUAGUUUCUGUCAGAGUAGGACAGUUGGCAUAGUACUGUUUCUAAAUUUAAAAAUAACAUAUAUGUCUCCAGUGAAUAUUUGUGUUAUCUGUCGGAGAAAGGAUGGACAGUGUGGCCUAUUUGCUUUUAUGUACCUUUUCCUGAUCUUUGAACUCCCAAAAUACUUUUGCAAAUACAUUUCAUCAUGUGUGCCAAUUCUUAUCUAUUGGUAGGAUUAGAAAGUUAUGUUGAGUAUUUUUAGGUCAAUUCUGGGCCCAGAGGUAUAGGAAAUGCCUUAAUGUGAAUGGCAAUUGCCAUGAAUGUGGGAGGUUGGCAUACCUGCAUUUACCUAAGAUUGCCAUCUGUUAUUUUCUGACCUAGAGUCUGUUUCUAAGGACCGCUCCUCACUCGUGCACUAGGUCUUAUUCCUUUUACCUUCCCAAGGAUUUGGCUCCAGCAUCUCUCUCUCUGAACAUUGCAUUUCCCCUCAUUACUGGAUUAUUCCCUUCAUUAUGCAAGUAUGCUGGGAUUUUUCCAUGUUAAAAUAAUAGCUUUUGACCUCAUUCCUGCUUAAGCCACUGCACAAUUUAUUUGUUACCCCUUAUGGUAUAACUAUACUCCUGUCCAAUUACUUUCCUUCUAUUCUUUCUUAAACCCACUUUAAUCAGGCUUUCUCCCUCACCUCUAUCAAAAAAUUACUCUUACUAAAAGUAACUUUUCUAAGAAGUUACUUUUCUGAAAGUGACUUUAUUUUUCAUCUAGAGACAGAGUCUUGCUCUGUUGCCCACUCUGAAGUGCAGUGGUGUGAUCAUAGGUCGCCACAGCCUUGAACUCCUGGGCCCAAGUGGUACUUCUGCCUCGCCUCCUGAGUAGCUAGGACUGCAGAUAUGUGCCACCAUACCUGGCUAAUUUUUCUAUUUCUUGAAGCGGUGGGGGUCUUACCAUGUUGCUCAGGCUGGUUUUGAACUUCUGGCUUCAAGCAAUCUUCCUGCCUGGGUCUAGAGUGCUGGGAUUAUAGGCGGAGGCACCAUUCCUGGCCCUUUCAUUUUCCUAAAUCUAAAGGUCUGUUCCAAAUUUUUACCUCUCAGUUGACCUGUCAGCAUUUUUUUUUUUUUUUUUUUUGAGACAGCUAGUCACUCUCUGCUUCUCUAUUUUUAUUUUUGAGACUGAGUCUUACUCUGUUACCCAGGCUGGAGUGCAGUGGCAUGACCUCAGCUCACUGCAACCUUCAUCUCCUGGGUUCAAGUGAUUCUUCUGCCUUAGCCUCCUGAGUAGCUGGGAUUACAGGCAUGUGCCACCACACCCAGCUAAUUUUUGUAUUUUUAGUAGAGAUGGGGUUUCACCAUGUUGGCCAGACUGGUCUUGAACUCCUGACCUCAAGUGAUCCACCCCCUCGGCCUCCCAAAGUGCUGGGAUUACAGGUGUGAGCCACAGUGCUGGCCCAAUCUCUGCUUCUUGAAACACUUUCUUCCCUUAUUAGCAAAAAUACCACAAUUCCUGGUUUUCCUCCUACCUCAUUGUCCCUUUUUAGACUCCUUUACUGGUUCUUCCUUAUCUCCCUGAUAAGAGUGCUGUUAACAUUGGAGUGCUUCAGGGCUCAGUCAUUAGACCUUAUACUUCUGAAUCAUAUCAUUCAGCUGUUAAAUAUUAGCUUUAUUGUUAUUUAUUAAUUAAUUUAAUUUUAUUUUUUUUUUUGAGAUGGUCUCGCUCUGUCUCCCAGGCUAGAGUGCAGUGGCGUCAUCUCAGCUCACUGCAAGCUGCACCUCCCGGGUUCACGCCAUUCUCCUGCCUCAGCCUCCCGAGUAGCUGGGACUACAGGUGCCUGCCAUCACGCCCAGAUAAUUUUUUGUAUUUUUAGUAGAGACGGGUUUCACCGUGUUAGCCAGGAUGGUCUCGAUCUCCUAACCUCGUAAUCUGCCCACCUCGGCCUCCCAAAGUGCUGGGAUUAUAGGCGUGAGCCACCAAGCCCGGCCAAUUUAUUUUUUGAGAUGGAGUCUCCCUCUGUCACCCAGGCUGGAGUGCAGUGGCAUGAUCUCGACUCACUGCAACCUCCGCCUCCCGGGUUCGAGCGAUUCUCGUGCUUCAGCCUCUUGAGUAGCUGGGACUACAGGUACGCACUACCACACCAGGCUAAUUUUUGUAUUUUUAGUAAAGACGCUGGCCAGGCUGAUCUUGAAAAACGAUCCACCCGCCUUGGCCUCCCAAAGUACUGGGAUUACAGGUGUGAGCCAUGGCACCUGGCCUAAAUAUUAGCUUUAAAUACUAGUAAUACCCUACUAGCUUCCAAAUUUAUAUUUUCAGCCUGGCCUUCCCUUGAACUCCUGACUCCGUAUAUCCAGUGCCUACUCAGCAUUUUCUGUUUGGAUGACUAAUAUAUAUUUCAAACUAAACUCUGGAAUUUCCUUUUUUACCUAUAAUCUUCCCUAUUUCAGUUAACAGAAACUCCAUCCUUUUUAUGACAUAGGCUAAAACCCUGAGUAUCAUCCUUGACUCUUCUUUAUCUCACAAUCUAUAUAUAUACUGUUACUUUGGAAAGUGUGUUGACUAUACCUUCACAAUGUAUUUAGAAUCCAAGUACUUGUCACUACCCACUGCUCUCACCCUAGUCUAGGCACCCAUUGUUUAUGUCCCGAUCUUUCCGUAGCCUCUAUAUUAGUUAUCAAUUGUUACCUACUCCUAACAUUUCGUGGCUUAAACCAACAGUUAUUUAUUAGUUUGUGAUUCUGUGGUUGGCAGCUUAGGCUGGGCUUGGGGUAGAUGGGGGGCAGCUCUUUUGCUGGUCUUGCCCAUGCUCGCUCAUGUAGUGAUGGGCACUGGUAGGUUUGGAGGCCUCAGCUGCGAUGGCUUAUCUCUGCUCUACGUGGUCAGUAAACUAUCUCAUGUUUGUGUUUCUUUACAUGGUGGUCUAAUGGAAGCAAGAUAACAAGAGGAAACUACAUGGCCUUUUGAGGCCUGGACUUAGAACUUCUACAGCUUCACUUUCUCUGCUGUUGACCAUCAAGGAAAUUUUCAUCCACACAGAUUAGCAGCUGAAAAUGAAGCUGCACACAUACAUGUAAGAGAAGCAAAAAUGUCAGAUGAUAUCAGGAAAAGGUUUGAAUUUCCAAAUUCUCUUAUCCAAUCACAGGCUGUGGGUCAUCUUAUUGCUGCAGUCCUAAAGGAGAAUGGUUUUUCAGAAAAGAUUCACCAAUCUACAAAUCAGACUCCUGCUUUGAACUUGCUGUGGGAGAAGUGUUGCAGUGACAAUGUAGUGGUUCGAACAGCCUGCUGUGAAGGUCUGGUGGCCCUCGUUGCUCAGGACCAUGCAGAGUUCAGCUAUGUUCUCAAUGGGAUACUCAACUUGAUUCCAUCAACCAGAAAUACACAUGGCUUGAUAAAAGCCAUUAUGAAAUUACUACAAAUGCAAGCUCUUAAGGAAGGACAAGGUGGGGAAAAGAAUAUUCAGAGUAUAUAUACCAUUAGAAAUCAUCCUCAUCCUUUGAUCACUGUGCUUGAACACAGACCUGAUUGCUGGCCGGUGUUUUUGCAGCAGCUGACAGCGUUUUUCCAGCAGUGCCCUGAAAGGUCAGAAGUUUCAUGCAUUCAAAUAAUGGCACCAUUUCUGUGGUAUCUGUAUUGUGAACCAUCUCAGUUACAAGAAUAUGCUAAACUCCGACUGGCCUUGCUGAAAGUCUUACUUCAACCCCAGGUUCUUUGUGACAAAGAUCAACCAUCAAUCCUAGAACAGCAGAUACUUCAACUGUGUUGUGACAUAGUUCCAUGUUUGCAGGUAAAAGAUUUGAUACAGACAACAGAAGCGAUGAUGUUUAUUGAGGAAGUAUAUUUAAGCCUUUUGCAUCAUCCUGUUUUCUGGAAAAUUCAGCUUACCCAGAUGACUCUUCAGCUGCUGUGUGUCAGUGAAGUCAGCUUAAAGAUAACUGGUGAAUGUUCAUCUUUAAUUCACCUUUUAGAGCACAGUGUUGAACUUCUGAAGGAGGAUUUUCCUGUUGAACUGGUCAUAAUUGGAAUAGCUUUACUACUUCUACAGACUCCAGCAAGUCAACAGAAGCCAAUCUUAAAUCUAGCUUUGAAGCUCCUCUCUGUUACUGAGGAUCAGAAAAUCCCAAAGUCCUCUCUGCUGCUAGUGAUGCCAAUUCUGCAGAUACUAUCUUCUACUGCCUUGGAAGACUGUAUAUCUGUGGAUGAAGAAGGUCCCUCUAGGCAGCAGUUGGCUCUAAGCCUUUUGGAAAUGAUACAGCAGGAAUGUUACAGAGAUGACUACCAAAAGCUCUCCUACAAGCUUGUGUGCCCUGUAACCAGUAUGUAUGGUUCAAUAUUUACAGCCUGGAGGAUUCUUGAAGUAAUGACAGACUCGUCUGCUGCAAGUGACUGGUUGGCUUCAGUAGAGUCAUUGCUUCCUAUUACUACUGUGAUCCCUGUGCCUGCCUUUCUUCUGCUGGCUCACCUCCUUGUUGAAGACAAAGGACAGAAUCUUCACCAAAUACUGAAGGUCACUACAGAAUUAGCCCAAGCAGAUUCCUCCCAGGUGCCAAAUCUGAUUCCAGUUUUGAUGUUCAAAUUGGGAAGACCACUGGAACCUAUAUUAUAUAAUGAUAUAUUGUAUACUUUACCUAAGCUUGGUGUUCACAAGGUGUGUAUAGGACAAAUUCUACGAGUAAUACAACUACUUGGAACCACACCACGACUAAGAGCUGUCACUUUGCGCUUGCUGACAUCUUUGUGGGAAAAGCAGGACCGAGUCUAUCCUGAACUGCAGCGUUUCAUGGCUAUGUCUGAUGUACCUUCUCUUUCGGUGGGCAAGGAAGUCCAAUGGGAGAAACUGAUUGCAAAAGCAGCAUCAAUCAGAGAUAUAUGUAAGCAGAGGCCAUAUCAACAUGGUGCAGAUAUGUUGGCAGCUAUUUCUCAGGUGUUGAAUGAAUGCACCAAGCCUGAUCAAGCUACUCCAGCAGCCUUGGUAUUACAAGGUCUUCAUGCACUCUGUCAAGCUGAGGUUGUUUGCAUUCGCUCCACUUGGAAUGCUCUCUCUCCAAAGCUGAGUUGUGACACAAGACCUCUCAUUCUGAAGACACUGAGUGAACUAUUUUCUCUAGUUCCUUCCUUAACAGUCAAUACAACUGAAUAUGAGAAUUUUAAAGUUCAAGUCCUCAGCUUCCUCUGGACUCAUACUCAAAACAAGGACCCAAUUGUAGCAAAUGCUGCAUAUAGAUCCCUGGCCAACUUUAGUGCGGGAGAACACACCAUUCUUCAUCUCCCUGAAAAGAUAAGACCAGAAAUUCCCAUUCCUGAAGAGUUAGAUGACGAUGAAGAUGAUGAGGAUGUGGAUCUUUCUGUUCCUGGUUCUUGCUAUCUCAAACUGUUGUCACUCACUUCCCCUUUGGUUUUACCAGCUUUGGAGGAAUUUUUUACAUCACUUGUGAAGCAAGAAAUGGUGAAUAUGCCUCGUGGGAUAUAUCACUCUGCAUUAAAAGGAGUUGCCCGCUCAGACCAAGGAAAGACUAUAGCAGGAAUCCCCAAUUUUAUAUUGAAAAUGUAUGAAACAAACAAGCAACCAGGAUUGAAACCUGGCCUUGCAGGUGGUAUGUUAUUUUGCUAUGAUGUUUCCAUGUAUCAGAGUAAAGAUGGAAAACCAUUGAAUAGACUGAUGGCCAGUAGAGGGCGAAAUUUCAAGCAGACUUCACUUGCUCUUGUACAUGAGGUUCAUAUCCAGCUUUCAGAGUGGCACCGUGCGAUUUUUCUUCCACAGGCCUGGCUUGCAUACAUGAAUCGAGCUUAUCAUGCCAUUUUACAGGGAAGACUAGGAGAGCUGGAGUUGCAGUUAAAACAUGGAAAAGAAGAACCUGAGGAAGUGCAAUACAAAAAAAGCACAGCCUGGCUCUGGGUUAGAGACAUGCUGACUGAUGAGAUCACCAAGGCAGCUGCAAAGGAGAGUCCGGUAGUGAAAGGUAAUGCGCUGUUAGCUCUAAGCAGCCUUGCUGUCGUCGUAUCUAGACAUGAAGCCAGCCUCUCUUCAGACUCUGAUGGGCUCCUGGAGGUUCAACCUAAUUUCCUUUCAAUGAAAGAGUGGGUUUCCAUGGUACUUGAUACACUCUUGGUCAUUGUGGAUAGCCAUUACCAACCCAGAGGGCAACUUCUCUCCUGGUUUUAUUAUAAGUCCUAUUCUGGUGAAAACACAGCUAGUGCCAUUGCCCGUUCUGCUGCCGCCACGGCUUUGUCUCUCCUUGUGCCAGUUUUCAUUAUCUCUUGUAAAGAGAAGGUUGAGGAAAUCCUGAACAUGCUGACUGCCAGGUUACCUGGGAAACCAAGUGCUGAUGAGUCUCAAGCCGUGCAAAUCCACAUGGGCCUUGCUUUAGGGAUGUUUCUCUCUCGCUUGUGUGAAGAGAAACUCAGUGAUAUAUCUGGCCAAGAGAUGAACCUUCUUCUGAUGAAGUCGUUGGAUGCCCUGGAAAAUUGCUGCUUUGACACUAGUCUUGAAUACAACACGGGCUGUAUAUUGGGAGUUGGACUUGUUCUGGCCCUCAUGAGCCACAGCAGCCAAAUGCAGUCCCGCGUUCAUGUGGCAGCAUCGCUUCGGAAGCUGUCUGCGUACCUAGAUGACAGUGGGAGCCAGAGCAGAACAUUUCAGGAGGUCCUUUCCUACACACUUAGCUGUGUAUGUACAUCAGCGUUCAGUGCUGGAAUUAUUGAGGCUACAGAGGCUGAGGAUGUUAUGAACAAGCUUCGACUGUUAGUGGAGAAUAGCCAGCAGACUUCAGGUUUUGCCCUGGCUUUAGGAAACAUAGUUCAUGGAUUGUCUGUGUGUGGACAUGGAAAAGCUGAAGACUUGGGCAGCAAACUACUCCCUGCCUGGAUCAGAAUUGUUCUAACAGAGGGCACUCCCACAAUGCUUUGUCUGGCAGCUCUUCAUGGCCUGGUGGCCUUGGUAGGCUCUGAAGGGGAUGUAAUGCAGCUGAAAUCAGAAGCCAUCCAGACCUCUCAUUUUCAAGGCAGACUUAAUGAAGUCAUCAGAACCUUAACUCAGGUCAUUAGUGUCUCUGGGGUGAUUGGUCUCCAGUCAAAUGCAGUCUGGCUUCUUGGACAUCUUCAUCUAUCUACUCUAUCCUCAAGUCAAAGUAGAGCCUCUGUUCCUACUGACUAUAGCUAUUUGCCCGAAAGCAGUUUUAUUGGAGCAGCCAUUGGCUUCUUCAUUACAGGAGGAAAAAAAGGUCCUGAAUCUGUGCCUCCUUCGCUCCUUAAAGUAGUGAUGAAACCCAUAGCAACUGUUGGAGAAAGCUACCAAUAUCCUCCUGUGAACUGGGCUGCACUUCUCUCUCCACUUAUGAGGCUAAAUUUUGGUGAAGAGAUCCAGCAACUGUGCCUUGAAAUUAUGGUGACCCAGGCACAGUCAUCCCAGAAUGCCGCUGCACUAUUGGGCUUGUGGGUGACACCACCACUGAUCCACAGUCUGAGUCUGAAUACCAAGAGAUAUCUCCUGAUAUCUGCACCUCUGUGGAUAAAACACAUCUCUGAUGAACAGAUCCUGGGUUUUGUUGAAAAUUUAAUGGUGGCAGUUUUUAAAGCAGCUUCCCCACUUAGAAAUCCUGAGCUAUGCCCAAGUGCUUUACAGGGUCUGAGCCAGGCCAUGAAACUGCCCAGCCCUGCCCACCACCUCUGGAGUCUGCUCUCUGAAGCUACUGGGAAAAUUUUUGACCUCCUGCCAAAUAAGAUUCGGAGAAAGGAUCUAGAGCUGUAUAUCAGCAUAGCAAAAUGCCUCUUAGAAAUGACAGAUGAUGAUGCCAAUCGGAUCACCCAGGUUACUAAGAGCAACAUAGAAAAGGCUGCCUUUGUCAGACUGUACUUAGUCUCUCAAGGACGAUUCCCCUUGGUGAACCUGACCGAUAUGCUGAGUGUUGCUGUGCAGCACUGUGAGAAAGAGGUGUUGGCCUGGAUGUUUCUGCACAGCUUAUACCAGGCACGGAUUGUGAGCCAUGCCAACACGGGCAUUUUGAAGAGAAUGGAGUGGCUCUUGGAACUGAUGGGUUAUAUUAGAAAUGUUGCUUACCAGUCAACAUCCUUUCAGAAUACGGCUCUUGACGAGGCUUUGGACUUCUUCUUGCUGAUAUUGGCAACCGCAGUGGUUGCAUGGGCUGACCACACUGCCCCCCUCCUCCUCGGUCUCAGUGCCAGUUGGUUGCCAUGGCAUCAGGAGAAUGGCCCAGCUGGGCCAGUACCAAGCUUCCUUGGCAGGAGUCCAAUGCACAGGGUCACUCUGCAGGAGGUUCUCACUCUCCUUCCCAAUAGCAUGGCUCUGCUGCUGCAGAAAGAGCCAUGGAAGGAACAGACCCAGAAGUUCAUUGACUGGCUAUUCAGCAUCAUGGAAAGCCCUAAAGAAGCCCUCUCAGCAAAGUCCAGGGAUCUUUUGAAAGCCACCCUGCUGUCCUUGAGAGUUCUCCCAGAGUUUAAGAAGAAAGCUGUAUGGACCAGAGCGUAUGGUUGGUGAACAGUUUUGCAGUAUCCAGCAGCUGGAUGAGGAAAACCAUAUAAGUGGAAGAAGUUUUUCAGAAUUCGUGCCUGGUAUUGCUGAGACAUGAUGCAGAGAGUUAAGGUUCAUGAAAAGGUGGCCACAUCACUGACAGCUUGACACAUGCCUCCUAAGAGAGGAGUGCAUUGCUUUAGUACCCAGGCCAGUUGAGACUGAAACAGGAACUUGGAUUUUCUUUAUUUGGCUAGAGUUCAAUGUGGAGAUUUUCUUUGUGAAAACUUGAAGAUAUUAUCUUCUCCCUGCUAAAUUCCAGUAAAAUAAUGUUGUCAAUUU